AUGGAUCCCUCCACUGGGCCCGACACGCCCGCCCAUUCGUCUCGCGAUACCUCGACAACCGCAUCGCCCACCGACACUCGUCACCAGCCUUCAAGGUUCGAAUCGUACCAGGUCUCACGCGACGACGGCCUGUCCGAAAGCUUCCAGUCUUUCCAGUCCACCGACACGGUGCGGAGGCGCCCAGAGGCUGGUUACGUUGCCGACUCGCCCAAGCCCAAGAAAAACAUACCCCAGCUGACAUCCACUCCGCGCGCCACAUCUCCCAUGAUGGGUUCCGAACGCCCCAAGGCCGCCAACCGUCCGCGGAAGCCCCCAAUUUCCCGUCGACCAUCAACAAACCCUUCCGCGCCCCAUCGUGGCGAGAUCUUCUCCGUCGACGACGACAUCUUCGAGGUCGAGGCCGAUGCUGUUGGCCGUCAAGAGCAACAACGAGGUUUCAGCACGCGCCGCAGACCCCAGCUAGCCACUACCCUUUCUCGCGUCCAGUCGUCUAGGAGCGAACACGGCGAUGACGACGAUGACGGUCCCCGAACCCCGAGAGCUGAGGAUAACGCACCCGAGCGCUCCGAGCACGAACCGUCGGUGAACCAAGACGAGGAUGAAGAAGCAGAGGACGACGAUGACGGCGACGUGAGCGACGCCGAGAGCUUCACGCUCAAAGAUCGCCAGCAAGCCAUCAACGAAACACAUCCUUUUGGUAUUAGGUUAUGGAAGCCGGCUUUGUACAAGAAGGAUCGUUCCGUGCAGAAGAACGCAGAGGGCGACAUCCACUCGUCCCCGGGCGGAAGAGUCAACAACUGGCUCCUCUUCUUCAACCUGCUCUGGACGUUGCUUUUCGGCUGGUGGAUGGCGACGUUCGCAGCUCUCGGCGCGCUCAUUUGCUUCUUGUUUGCGGCGACUGUUAGUGGCAGAGAGUACGGCAGAGUUCUUUGGGGACUCGCAAGCUAUCUCUUCUACCCCUUCGGCAAGUAUGUGCGCUUGGAGCAAGACGAGGCCUAUUUGGACGAGGACCAAGGCGAAGGACGAAGCAUAUCCGAGUACGAGCAAUGGCAGAGUGGCGACCUCGAGUACGGCCGUCUGUUCUUUGGCCCGGACAGUGCGGACCAGAACCGCUCAAUUGUCGGCCGCUCGCGGCGAAGCAUCGACUCGGAGCCUAGUGAGACGGACAGCCUCUUGGGCCGGACCAGGCGCAGCGAGCGGAGUGAGACACCCCCGAGACUCAAGCGCCGGUUGUUCGGACGUGGCCAGUGGAACAUCGGACGCAUCGUUUUCUUCCUGUUCUUCUACCUCUUGCUGUCGCCAUCUCUGAUCUUGGUCUCUCUCAUCUGCUGGUUUUUGGUUUUCACCAUUCCCAUGGGCAAAGUCACCAUGUUGCUCUUCGACCACCUCCGACGACACCCGCUUGCUCUCUCGUUCGAGUCCGACAUCACUCUCGCACGGACGGCCGAUGCGCCUCACUCAUCUAUUCUGCUUUGCACCUACCGGGCAGUCGGCACCAAGUACUGGAAGUACACUAUUGACGGAACCAAUGUCUUCCUGAUCAACCUCAUGGGCGUCGUGUUCUUCGUCAUUAUUGACUGGAUUGUCUUGGACCGGGUUCUCGGCUUGCACAUCUUCAUCACCUCGCCAGCUUUUCUCUUCAUAGCUGGCCUGUUCUCCAUCAUCCCGCUCGCCUACUUCAUCGGCCAAGCUGUUGCCUCGAUCUCGGCACAGUCGUCAAUGGGAGUUGGUGCUGCCAUCAACGCCUUCUUCUCCACCAUUGUCGAAGUCUUCUUGUACUGCGUUGCCCUUAGCCAGGGCAAGGGCCAGCUCGUGGAGGGCAGCAUUGUGGGAAGUAUCUUUGCCGGCAUUCUCUUCCUCCCUGGUUUGUCCAUGUGUUUCGGAGCUAUUAAGCGCAAGACACAGCGGUUCAAUGCCAGGUCUGCCGGUGUCACUUCGACGAUGCUUCUGUUCGCCGUCAUUGGCGCUUUCGGCCCGACGCUGUUCUACCAGAUUUACGGCACCCAUGAGCUUAACUGCCUAGACUGCGUUAACCACAGCGGUGUGGGCGACGGUCUUUCGCCUGUCGGGGAUGGUCGUGACUGCCGCCGCUGCUUCUUCUCUCAAACCCCGACUCUCGACGACCGCUUUUAUCUCCAGGCUGUUCGACCGUUCUGCUACUUCUGCGCUACGCUUCUCUUCCUUUCGUACAUUGUUGGACUCUGGUUCACUUUGCGCACUCACGCUGCCGUGAUUUGGAACUCUGAGAUGGACGAGAAGAAGCACGAAGAGCACGCCCACGCCCAGUCUAUCGCAAGGCAAUCAGGACCUCACUCUUUCGCCGAAACCAGUGGCGCCUCUAUCGAUGUUCGCGACUCUCACUUGUACAAGCGAAUUCUUGGUCAGUCCCUGAAGCAGGUUGGACUGAACCCCAAGGGUGAUGAUUCUUCUCGUCAAGGCUCAGUUACUGGCUUGGGACUUGCGCCAGGCAACGGCAGCGUCAAUAUUCCCCAUGUCGUACCCCCGAAGUCUAGCGACAGCGACCCUGUUCGUUCUGUCGUUCACAUUCCCGGAUUUUCAGAGGCGGAGAACAACGCACUGGUCCGCGAGGUUGCCGAGAUGGCCGCCACAGCUGCCACGCUUGCUGCUCGGGAGCGAAUGCCACGCAGAAUCUCAGCCCAACCCGGAACUUCAACCGCGCCGACUCCACGACCCCCUGCUUUGAGAACUGCAACCUAUCCCGAGACCGAGGAUCACGCCGCUGCAAGUGUCGCCCAAGUUCCCCACGGUGGACACGAUGCGCCCAACUGGAGCCGAGGCAAGAGUGCCUUCAUUCUCAUGGGUGCUACGGUUCUCUAUGCCAUCAUCGCUGAGAUUCUGGUCGAUACUGUAGAUGUCGUCCUCGACAGCUUCGUUAUCGAUGAGAAGUUCCUUGGUAUCACACUUUUCGCUCUGGUUCCCAACACGACGGAAUUUUUGAACGCCAUUUCGUUCGCAAUGAACGGCAAUAUUGCAUUGUCCAUGGAGAUUGGUUCAGCUUACGCGCUCCAAGUCUGUCUGCUGCAAGUUCCCGCUCUUGUGCUUUACUCUGCAUUCUGGGGCAAUGCCAACGGUGUCGAAGACGUGGGCAACCACAGCUUCUCGUUGCUGUUCCCUCAGUGGGACAUGGUUACUGUUAUUCUUUGCGUCUUCCUGCUCAGCUACAUGUACGGAGAAGGAAAGAGCAACUACUUCAAAGGCAGCAUUCUCUUGUUGAGCUACCUCGUAGUUGUCGUCGGCUACUACUUGUCUGGAUACACGGAAGAUAUCAUGAGCGCGAGCCGCUUUGACAUCAUGGGUGCUGACGGGCAAUACUCGUCUUUCAAGACCAUUGGUCGGAAGCGCAGUGGCGUUGCCUUCCAAGUAUAA